AUGGCCCCCAAAGACGAAAAUGAAUCGGACAAUGAUGAGAUCCAAAACCAGAUGACUUCACAAGAAACAGGGACAACAGAAGAGAUAAGGGCGUUAAAACAACAAAUGGCAGAGACACCGUCUUCAAAUCGAGACUAUUUUAAUACAAAUAUGUCUCCCCCUAUCCAGGUGUCGACAAGCGAUCCGAUAUAUCCCCCUGGAUUCGGCCCCUAUGCUAACACAUCCAAUGUCGCUGGAACUUCUAUGGUGCGCUCUUCGAAUACGCCUGUGAUAAGUAAUCCACUCUUUGUGUCGACUGCCCCGACUAACAGCGUCCCACAACCAACGAUGGUGCCCAAAUCCAACAGUGAUUCUCUGCCUAAAGUUCGGCGUGAUCACAGUUACACUCUUGAAGAGGCCAUUAAAAUUCCAAGCUCUCAUCCCCACAUUCAUCAAUAUAGUUCCGCUGUCAAAAUUGAGAAGAUGGUCAAGAAUGAGGAACAUGAAGAAAUGACUAAGAAAAUGAAGAGUUUGGAACAGAGUAUAAGAGAUAUGCAAGGACUAGGAGGCCACAAAGGCAUCUUGUUCAGUGACUUGUGUAUGUUUCCUCACGUCCAUUUGCCUGCUGGUUCUAAAACUCCAAAGUUUGAGAAAUACGAUGGUCACGAAGACCCCAUAGCUCAUCUAAAGAGAUAUUGCAACCAAUUGAGGGGUGCAGAGGGCAAAGAAGAGUUACUUAUGGCCUAUUUUGGGGAAAGCUUAGUAGGGAUUGCAUCUGAAUGGUUCAUAGAUCAGGAUAUCACCAACUGGCACACAUGGGAUGAUUUCGCUCAAUGUUUUGUACAACAAUUCCAAUAUAAUAUUGACAUUGUGUCAGAUCGCUCCUCAUUAGCCAACACGGGGAAAAGGACCACGGAAAAUUUUUGUGAAUAUGCUAUUAGAUGGAGGGAACAAGCUGCUAGGGUUAAACCACCGAUGAAGGAGUCAGAGAUGAUUGAUGUUUUUCUCUAG